CAGAAGUCCACUUGACAAUGAUUCAACGACAAAUGGCGCGCCGCGCCGCCGCCGCGGCUCGCAUUCCUCGCUCGUUCAUUUCCAUUCACCAUCCCAUGACCACCACCAUGCAGGUCUCUGUCUCGUCGACGUGGGCCACUAGCCCGGUGAAGCCACCGCAUCAGUAUCGUGCGUACCACUCGGAUAAUGCGUCAUCCCACCGCCGCCCGUUCCACAGUUCGUCGCGGCUGGACGCGUCGAAGCGCGACUAUUACCAGGUGCUGGGUGUGAAGAAUGACGCGUCAAAGAACGACAUCAAGAAGAAGUACUACGAGAUGGCGAAGAAGUUUCACCCCGACACGAACAAGGAGGACCCGGACGCGGCCAAGAAGUUUGCCGAGGCCACGGAAGCGUGGGAGAUCCUCGGGGACGAAGAGAAGCGUCAAAAGUACGACACGUUCGGACAUGCCGGCGUCGAUCCCAACGGCAUGGGCGGCGGUGGCGGCGAUGGUGACUUUCAUGGCUUUGAAGACAUCUUUUCGUCCAUGUUUGGUCACCAGGGCGGCCGUGGGCGCGGUGGCAACAACCGUCCCCGCCCCGAGCGCGGCGCCGACGUCCAGGUUAACGUGAACAUCUCGUUCAUGGAGGCUGUGAACGGCACCACGCGCGACCUGAACGUGUACACGGACGUCACGUGCGAUCCGUGCGGCGGCAGCGGCGCCAAGCCCGGGACCACCCCGAAGAAAUGCAAAUUUUGCAACGGCAGCGGUGUGGAAAUCCUACAGCAAGGCUUCUUUGCGGUCGAACAGCCUUGUCGUCGAUGCCGAGGCGAAGGGUUCACAAUUGACAAUCCAUGUGGCACGUGUCGGGGCCGCGGCAAAGUGAAAAAGUCGCGGACGGUCGAAGUCAAAAUCCCCGAAGGCGUCGACAACGGCAUGAACCUACGCCUGGCCAACCAAGGCGAAGCCGGCAGCAAGGGUGGACCAGCUGGCCAUUUGUACGUGGCCGUGUCGGUAGCGCCGGAUCCGUUCUUCAAGCGCGACAAGUCAGACGUGCGCUGCGAAGUGCCGAUUUCGAUCGCGCAGGCGGUCCUCGGGGGCUCGGUUGUGGUGCCGACGCUGACGGGCCAAGUGGAGAUGACGGUGCGAUGACGACGACAUUCGUGACAUCGCGACUCAUGACGAGAUAUGUGGUGGUGACGAGAUAGAUUCCCAAAGGGACGCAACCAGGCACGACACUGAAAAUGCGCGGCAAGGGCAUCAAGGAACUCAACUCGUCGCGACGUGGGUCCCAGCUCGUGACGCUCAACGUGCACGUGCCAGACACGCUGUCGGAUCGGCAGAAGGAACUCAUGGAGGAAUUCGCGACGGAAGAGCAGCGGCUCGGGGAGACGGGCCAGUCGUCGUGCAAGAGCCACACGUUCGCCGACACGGUGCGCUCGACCGUGGACCGCAUCAAGCAGUUCAUCAAGCCUUCCACCGACCAGUAGUAGAUGACGACGAUACAGAUCAAUGCUACAGUACCCCAACAUGUAGAUGUAUAUGUGUCCA